AUGGCAGCCUCCUUAUGGUUCCGUGGAGCCGCCUCCGGCCUCCUGUACUGGAGCCGCCAGCAGGAGCCUGCUGUGGCCAGCCUCGCAGCGGUGUGUUCUAGGUCAAUGGCUUCUAAGACUCCAGUUGGAUUCAUUGGAGUAGGCAACAUGGGGAAUCCAACGGCAAGAAAUCUCAUGAAACAUGGCUAUCCACUCAUUAUUUAUGAUGUGUUCCCUGAUGCAUGCAAAGAAUUUCUAGAUGCAGGUGAACAGGUAGUGUCUUCCCCAGCGGAUGUAGCAGAAAAAGCUGACAGAAUCAUUACAAUGUUGCCCACCAGUCUCAAUGCCAUAGAAGCUUAUUCUGGAGCAAAUGGAAUUCUAAAAAAAGUGAAGAAAGGCUCACUAUUAAUAGAUUCCAGUACUAUUGAUCCUAUGGUUUCGAAAGAAUUGGCCAAAGAAGUUGAGAAAAUGGGAGCAGUUUUCAUGGACGCCCCUGUUUCUGGUGGUGUGGGAGCUGCUCGGUCUGGGAACCUCACGUUUAUGGUAGGAGGAAUGGAAGAAGAAUUUGCUGCUGCCCAAGAGUUGCUGGGGUGCAUGGGCUCCAAUGUCAUGUAUUGUGGAGCUGUUGGGACUGGGCAGGCUGCGAAGAUCUGCAACAACCUGCUGUUAGCUAUUAGUAUGAUUGGGACUGCUGAAGCUAUGAAUCUGGGAAUCAGGUUAGGGCUUGACCCAAAACUCUUGGCUAAAAUCCUAAAUAUGAGCUCAGGACGAUGUUGGUCAAGUGAAGCUUAUAAUCCUGUACCUGGGGUGAUGGAUGGAGUUCCCUCGGCUAAUAACUAUCAGGGUGGAUUCGGAACAACACUCAUGGCUAAGGAUCUGGGAUUAGCACAAGAUUCUGCUACCAGCACAGAGACCCCAAUCCUUCUGGGCAGUCAAGCCCAUCAGAUCUACAGGAUGAUGUGCGCGAAGGGCUACUCAGAAAAAGACUUCUCAUCUGUGUUCCAGUUUCUGCGAGAGGAAGAGAUGUUCUGA